AGCGUCCGCAACGUGACUCGUUCACAGCACGGAGCCGCGCGCGAAGGGGCGUUCUCUGCUAGACUUCUUUCGCGGUAGUGGCUUCGAGUGUGACUGCGGUGAAUCACGUGCUGUUCUUCGCGGGAUGCUUUUGUGGGAUUUUUUUUAAAUUUUGUAUCGAAAGCGGCAAUAUUUGAAGUCGGUCUAGUCCUUUUUUGAACGAAUGGAUGCGACUGCGGGAAAGUAAAUCAGACAUGUGGCGUCGACUAACGUCCCUAAUGAUCUUGUCUUCCUUCGCCAUGGGGCUACUUUUUCGUCUGGGAGAAAGCACAAGCUUUGGGUAUGCUCGUUGGUCCUUGUGGAGUUCGUGGGCACCAUGCAGUCGGACCUGCGGUGGAGGAAUAUCUUCCAGGACAAGGACGUGCCAACCAGGGGGACACGAAGGCUCAAGGUGCUCCGGAAAUUUUGUGCAACACAAGCUGUGUAACAAACAGAAGUGUCCAACAGGGAGUGUCAACUCCGCGGAGGCGCAGUGUUCGCAGUACAAUAAUAAAGACGUAUUCGGGCAUAGCGUUAGGCAUUGGGUGCCUGACAACAAUCACAAGAAGAACGCGUGCGAAUUGCGAUGCCGUUCGGAAGAUUCAUCCCUGUCGUACAGCUUCGGAAAAAUGGCCAACGGGACGGCCUGUAUGGCUGAUGGUGUCUGCUUCCGAGGAAGAUGUACUAAGUUGGGCUGCGACGACAUUCUGGGUUCUCAGACGAGCAGGGACAUGUGCGCUAUCUGUGGCGGACGCAACCUAUCCUGCGUUCAAGUUCAGCAGAUGUAUUCAUCCACGAACGGUAACUUCCAUGACUAUAACCCUGUCACGGUCAUUCCAGCGGGAGCCACCAAUGUUCGCGUCCAGGAACACACCAAGAAUUUCUUAGCGCUGCUGGAACGUACACCUCUUAACCUGACAAGCGACGCACGAUUUGUGCCUCAUAUCCCAGGGGAGCUUCAACUUGGAGGCACAGUCUUCACAUACAGCAUGGCACCGGACCACAACGAAAGUUUCUCCGCUUUAGGACCAACCACAGGGCCACUCACACUCAUGACUUUUUUGACCCAAAGCGGAGGUCAAGAAAUCCUCUACGAAUACUGGAUUCCUAAGGAGCUAACCACCAAUCGUCGUGCCACACUAGGCAGGACAACCACCAAGGCUACGUCUGGAUUCAAGAAACGGCAACCGUCUUGGAGCCGAACGGAACGGUCCCAUCCCGAUGAAACCAAAGUGACUACGGACGUUCUUCGAGAUGACCCCGAAGUGACGACAGGAAGAGUGACGCUAGACAAUCGGAUUCCUCUCCCUCCACUAGGGAAAGAGAAACAAUGGCGGAAAACAAGCAAGGUUCAAACUCCCCUACUGAUGCGCACUGACAGCGCAUCCAGCGCGCUGUCACUUCCAGACAAACGUCACCGCAAGAAGCCCAAAAAGCCUCGGAAGAAACCAAGAAAACAGAGACCGGCAGGGUCCUGCCCCAGAUGUCAUCGCAUCAAGAAUCAGCUGGAGAAUUAUUGCAGCAGUGAUUUAGCGGCGCACGUCAAGAUCCUCAGCGUGGAACCAAUGGAGCGAGGCGAGGUCCGCUACGAUGUCGCUGUCCUGGAGUCCUUCCGGAACGUAUUUGCUCUUCAACAACGAGAGUUCCUGUGGUCGCCGAAUGCGACUUGUCCGUGUCCCAAACUCUCCCUCGGGGACGAGUACGUUGUUAUGGGUCACCUUCAAUCAAACUACAGGCGCAAAGAAUCUCGUCUCGUAGUGAACGACAAAAGUUUCGUUCGACGAUUCAACGACGGGCGACAGCGACAACUACGUCGAUUACGGCGACGACGUAACCAGAAGUGCAAUAGGACUUUGUGACAUUCUAUGUAACAGACAAGUCUUGGUCUUUUGAGUGGAAUGAUCGCCUUGUACCGAUAGCACUACAAGAGAUUGUUCCGCCGGACCACCGGAUUUCUAGGACCAAUCACAUACUGCUUCUAAUAUGCACCUCAAUAGUUGUCACCAAGUGCUUCAACUGUCAUUGUCGCAGACAAAUAUUGUUGCAGUACAUCGAAAUUUCUUUGUAGUGCCAUACAAGAUAUUCGCCUAACUACUACGCACAUCAUACACUCCUCAUGUAUAAACUUUCAAAAUGUGACUCAUUUGUGUCACUCCCACUGUCAGAGACAAACGCGAAGCAAGUAACUUUGCUGCAAACAUACACAUCACUUGUCUUCUACCAGACGCCCAAUGGAACUUGUUCAGAUCUUGGCGGUAUAUCAUAGUGCGUCUGACAUCACCCUUGACCGUGAGGUUGUAAAUCAAUCUGUGAUGGUUGUCAAUGCACGUUUUGCAUGACCAUACUGAGCGUUGUUAGCUUAAUCGUGAGUUGAAAGUGUGUCUUCAUACAAGGCCAGUUGUGCUCGUCGUAUAUGUGUUAUAAAUUAUAAAUUUGUGCGGGGCACAACUUCUCACGUUGAGAAAUUUGUUUUCUCUCUUUCUCCAUCUCUCUACACUCUUUUUCGUGUAGAACAUAUCGCAAAAUCGCGGGUCGUUUACUGCCAAUCGAAUAUUGCUUGUCACUGGGAACGAACAAGGUGUUCCCUCGUACCAGUUAUUAGCUGCGAGUAUUAUUUUGGGUGUUUCGUUUACCCGUGUUGCUGGCAUUGUGAAUAUCCACCGUACACGUCGGUAAUCUGCUUACUAAAACGUGCCAACAUUGAACCGCUCGUGGAAUUGAAGUUCUCAGUGUUGCUGUACGAUAAAUAAAUAAGUUAUUGAAGGA